AUCGGACUCCAAAAGGCCGUUUGAUAGCAAACUAUCCAAUAUUCAUAAAAUGGAUUAUCUUUGAAAGAAUGUCCAGCUCCGAGAAUGAGGAGGAGCGGACGGGAUUUGAUUGGAGUGAGCAAGCUCAAAAUGAGGUGCGACCCGCGGCCGGAGAGUUCAGCGAGGCUCAUCCGGGUUCCGACCCAUUUGUCCUGUAUGCCCAGGAGUCGAUCCACAUCACUGUGGCUGCACCUUUGAAUGCCCUCCUGCGCCCUUAUCAACGGCAAGGGAUUCAGUUUCUCUUCAACGGGCUCUUUGGCGAGCCUCAACCCGCUGGUUGUCUAUUGGCCGAUGACAUGGGAUUGGGUAAAACCGUUCAGGUAAUUGGUCUGCUGUCGGCCUUAUUGGGCAAGACUCACGUUCGUGAUCCAGAUUGGGUCCACUGUCGUAAUGUUCGUAUUGGUCAGUCUCAAGUUCGUCGCACCUUCCUGAUCAUAGCCCCUGGAUCCGUCUUGGGCAAUUGGGAGAGUGAGCUCGAGAGAUACGGUUUCUUUCUGGUCGAAAAAUUCCACGCCCGGGAUCGGGAUCGUAUUCUCCGUCACACCAAAUCCGGACGAGUCGAGAUCCUCUUGACCACUUUUGAGACGGCUCGUGAGGCUAUUGACCAAUUGAAUACGGUGGAUUGGGACGUGGUGGUCGUGGACGAGGUCCAUCGCAUCAAAGAGCCCAAAGCCCGAGUCACGCAAGCCUUGAAAAGCUUGAAUUGUCGCCGACGGAUCGGCUUGUCCGGCACUUUGUUGCAAAAUAAGUAUGAUGAGCUUUGGUGUCUUUUGGAUUGGGCCAAUCCAGGAUGUUUGGGUUCGCAGCAAUCAUUUGCCCACCGAUUCAGCCAACCCAUCGAAAAAGGUCUUCGGAUUGAUGCCAAGAAAGUGGAAUUGGCCCGAGCCAGACAACUUCAAAGCGACUUGAACAAGUUGAAAGAGAAAUAUGUCCUGCGGAGAACCAAGGACAACACCAUCCGGGACCAAUUGCCCAAGAAAACGGAUCAAAUCGUUUUUUGCCAUCCCUCACAAUUCCAAUUGAGUGUGUUCAAAGCCUUGCUAAACAGUGACGAAAUGCAGUUCGUUCAUGAUGGGCUAGAAAUGUGCGGAUGUGGACGACAACCUGAGCGUCAAGCGCGACAUUGUUGCCUCAAGGUCUUUGAAGGCAAUGACCAAAACUUGAGUUGGGUUCAAAUCGUGUUCACGUUUCUCCACCUUUUCCUCAAGGUGGCUAACCACGUAUCGCUUUUAUUACCUUAUCACACGUCCUCGGAGAUCCAGAGAUCCGAGGCUGAACGCUAUUGUCAGAUUGCUUUCCGGGAAACGCCAGAGUUUUUGGAUGCCUCCUUCCGAAGUCGAUUCGAAGAGUUGAGCAAUCCCAAAUAUAGUGGCAAGAUGCAAGUAUUAGUCAAGAUGCUGAAGGCCAUUGAAGAGGAGGAAGGAUCAUCCAAGGUCUUACUGUUUAGCUACUCCACGCACGUCUUGGACAUUCUUGAGUCUUUCGUGCAAAGUCAGAACUACGAAUAUCGGCGAUUGGAUGGAUCGACUCGGAUGGAGUCCCGAAUGGAGCUGGUCAAUGAAUUUAAUCACAAUCCGGACGUUUUCCUCUUCUUAAUCUCGACCAAAGCUGGGGGUUUGGGAUUGAAUAUCACAUCAGCCAAUGUAGUGAUUGUAUUUGAUCCGAAUUGGAACCCUUCCCAUGAUCUUCAGGCUCAAGAUCGAGCCUAUCGAUUGGGUCAAACGCGAGAUGUGCGGGUUUACCGCUUGAUCACGGCUGGAACCGUGGAGGAGAACAUCUAUUUGCGGCAGGUCUACAAGCAACAAUUGGGACGAAAUGCCAUGGAUGGUGAAAAAGCUAAACGCUUCUUCGUGGCCGUCCAAGGUCAAGCCAAAGGUGAACUCUUCGGCAUCAAGAAUCUCCUGAGCGUACGCUUCGAAGGUAAGUAUCUCAUGGAUGUGAUUCUCGACCGUCAAAAUCAGAUGAACAAUCUCGUCAAGCGCUACCAGAACUAUCAAUUGGUUGAUAAUUUGUUGGACAAGUCGGAACACGAAUCCAAGACCGAAGACGAUGCUUCUUUUUUGGAGGAGCUCAUCACGGAUGAUCCAGACGUGAUAGUUCCACGUAAGUCCGGAAUGGCAGCGGUUUUAGAGUGCACUCAAGUGGUCCAGUUCCAUGCCAAUCACGAAUUAGUGGGAGGAAGCAAAUUAGAAGAUCAGAUUUCCGCCGCUGCGGCCAAAAGUGUUCAACAGGGUCUAUGCGGGGAGGAAGAGAUGGCGUGGGAAAAUGUAGAUUAUUACCUUCCAACCCAAGUCUUGGACGACCCCAAAAUCAACGAAGGCUCACCUUUGACCCAACCCAAAGCCUUGAAUUUGGAGCCCAAGCGCGAUUUCGACCAAACUUUGAAUGAAGUUCAACGUCAAUGUCGCGUCUUGAAAAUGGGAAAUGGAUCACGGGUUCUCUACGGGCAAACUCCUCGGACAAUUCAAGACAGGGAUUUCCGAAACAUGGCUGAUUUUCUGGAUUUGUCAGUUGAGGCCUGUGCUCAACAUGUUCUUCAAUUAGAUCUUGACGGUCGAUUAGAACUACUAGAAGAGUUCUACUCAAAUUCUGGGGUUCCUGAUGUGAGUGGAUUAUUAUUGAAUGUUCGACGCGAUCUACAAAAUGCAGAGGGGGAGACAAUUCACACCCAACAAGUCAACAAAGAUAGUGCCAAAAAGGUAAAGACACCCGUUCCAAAAGAAAAUCAAAUGUCCUCACCGACAGCAAUCGAAAGCGAAGCCGACAUGCCUGAUAAACCUCAAAAACCGGCUCCAAAGCAAAGAUAUCAAGUGUUGCAUUUGAGUUCGUCGAGCGAAAGUGACGAAGAAGAAGAAGAAAGGAUCGUCAAACCGCCUCCAAAGCAACGAUACCAAAGGUCAAAGGAUGCGAAUCCAAGGCCUAUGGAAGUGACUCGUAUCAAGCAAUCUCGCUCUCUGAAUGACGCUGAAUUCAAUUACGAAUCGAUCUUGAAUUCGCCCAAGAAGAGCAAGAAGCGACCGCAAUCUCACCUCGAUACCGCGAGGGUUCAAGAAACGGGUUCGAGGUCAAAUGAAGAUUACUCAGUUUUAUUGAAUUCACCUUUGAAAAGGUGCCAUGAUGUGGGGGAUUCGUUGGAGACCUCUGAAAUUAAAAUUGAAGGAAGUUUGUUCGAUCUCUGGGUGCAAACAGGGAAAAUCAAGAAAAAGUGACAAAUCAUCUUCAAACUGAUGAUCUUAUCUUUUUAGAUAUAAUAGUGUUGUUUUCAGAAUUCUGAAUUCUGUUUCUCAUUAGAACGAAUAUAUUUUGUGGUUUUUUUUA